AUGUCCUCUUCAACAAGCUUACCGCGUCCCAAACCGUGGGAGACGAAUCAGGCUAAUAUUCCGAACGAACCGGACGUGAAUAUAGCAGGAUCAUCGGUGUCAAGUUUAACAAAUCAAGCAGACAAUGCUAGUGCUUCAGACGGAAGGCCGGACCUUCCUGAAAAGCCAGACGGAUUGGGGUCUGUUACCAACACAAGUAACGUAGCUCAUAUGCGAAACAACAUGAACGGCGGAAUAGGAUCGUAUUACAAUGGAAACUCCGCGUACGGUGGUGCUUACGGGAACUCUCCUUAUGGAGGGGGUUUUGGUUCCAUGUAUGGAAGUGGGUAUGGAUCUCUGUACGGCGGAGGCUACGGAUCGAUGUAUGGAGGUGGAUUUGGAACACCUUAUGGCGGUGGCAUGUAUGGCAUGAAUGGCGGGGCCAACGGCCCACAAAAUUUAGCCGAAUCUACACAGGCGACGUUUCAGCUCAUCGAAGGGCUUAUUGGAGCAGUAGCUGGUUUUGCACAGAUGCUAGAGGCCACAUACAUGGCAACCCACAACUCAUUUUUCACUAUGAUAUCCGUUGCCGAGCAGUUUUCCUCCUUGAAGGAAAUGGUCGGGUCCUUUUUCGGCAUUUUUGCAGCGAUGAAAGUGCUAAAAAAGGUGUUAUACAAACUGAGCAACGGGAGAUUGGGCUCGCCACCUCAGAGAGCGAAAACGCUUCAAAAUGGCGAAAAAACCGGUCUCAUCGAGGAGUUUGAUAGGUUCCAAGCUUCGGAUGGCAAGGCGAGGCCCAAGAGACGUAUUUCUUGGAAACCGCUGUUGGUGUUCCUUGCUGCAGUUUUCGGUUUCCCCUAUUUGCUGAAUAAGUUCAUAACGGGGCUGGCACGCGUCCAAAGCCGUAAGCUGGGAACGCGAAUUUCAGGCGACGGUACGUUAGACCCUCGCAAUCUGGAAUUUGGAAGAGCCAUAUACGAUUUUACGCCCGAGAAUCCGCAAAUAGAGGUGACCCUCAAGAAGGGUGAUUUAAUGGCCAUAAUAAGCAAAGAUGAUCCAUUGGGGAACGUUUCACAGUGGUGGAAAGUGCGAACAAAACGUGGAGACAUUGGUUACGCACCACACAAUUACAUCGAAGUAAUUAAAAGACGGAACCAAAUUGAAUCAGUCGAGGAAGAACGGGGUCCUGAGCAAACCGCAGUAGCGGAGGAUUCGUAA